CGCACACAUGCUGAUGCUGUAGAUUGACGAAGAAGCAGUUGGCCAACCGCGAUAAUCUCUACAUAUUAAUAUAAUCUUUCUCGUCACCUGAGAGAAAUAGAAAAUGUGGAGUCGCGCAAGAACCCUUUUCCUUCGCGUCCUGGAACCUCCUAAUCACAACAACGCUUCGCUUUCCCAAACAUUUACCCCUGGAUUCUCCUUCCACACGCUCUCGCACUUCCAGGAAAAGGAUGGCAUUUGCCCCAAACCGCUUAUAACUUUUGUUUUAGGAGGCCCUGGUAGUGGAAAAGGUACACAAUGUGCAAAAAUUGUUGAAACCUUUGGAUUUAAGCAUCUGAGUGCUGGAGAUCUUUUGAGAAGGGAGAUGGUUUCUGAUAGUGAAUAUGGCUCAAUGAUUAUGAAUACAAUUAGAGAAGGAAAAAUUGUUCCAUCAGGAGUGACUGUCAAAUUGAUUCUAAGAGAGAUGAAAUCUAGUGACAAUCAUAAGUUUCUUAUUGAUGGCUUCCCUAGAAGCCAGGAGAACCGUAUAGCUUUUGAACAAAUUAUUGGAGCAGAACCAGAUAUGGUACUUUUUUUUGAUUGUCCUGAAGAAGAAAUGGUGAAACGUGUGCUGAGCCGUAAUCAGGGUCGAAUUGAUGACAACAUAGAUACAAUCAAGAACCGUCUUAAAGUAUUUGAGUCAUUAAAUCUUCCUGUGAUUGACUAUUAUGCUAAGAAAGGGAAACUUUACAGGAUCAAUGCAGUGGGAACAGUAGAUGAAAUAUUUGAGCAUGUUCGGCCAGUUUUUGAGGCAUGUGAGCACGAGGCUAGAUGAAAGCUGUUUGAAUUGGAUGAGAGCACUGUAAAGUUGGCUAAAAUUUGGAUUUAGUGGGGACCCAACAUAGCUACCAGUUGAUUACAGAAUCUGAUCCAAAUUCAUGGCUGAUUUGCUUUGGAAUUUGGUAGUUCUCUAAAACUCAUCCACUGAAGUAUUUCAAAUUGAUAUUACACAUGCCCACCAUUCACAGGAGACGGCUCUUGUUGCCUUUUUUCCUUUCCUUAUGCCGUCGAAAGAAUGGCCUAUAGGUGGAGCUAAGCUGUCUCUAGCAACAUAGGAACUGCCUAUAAUGCGCAGAAUAUAGGAUAAAAAGUAUAUGUUGUGUAACAUUUUUUUUUAAAUAAAUUGAAUUCUAUAUGUUAGUCCAACCUCUAUCUAGAGGUGUUGGGGGCUCCUGACCUUAGCAUCGCAGAUACUGUGAACUAGUUGGUCUCUCGCAGUAAUGGGAGAGUUGGAAAGCCUUUUAGACCCCAUGGAAAGCCUUCUCUAAACAAACUUGCUAGUAAGCACCAAGCACACAAAAACGAAUGUUAGACAGGGUAUAGAGAAGAACCUCCAUAGGAUGAAGUUGACUGAAGAUUAAUAUAUUGAAAUUUACGCAUACAUGAAUAACUGAAGGAUUCUAAGGUUACCGCUGCAAUUUCAUCGGGUUUCUUGGCGUAAGAAGCGCGACUUCCGUCAGUAACAACUAAACUUUGUCUCAUUGUUAUGCAGGCUGCAGCCUGCAGGUUGUUACAUAAAUUAAUUGCGUGAUUGAGUUGUCCAAAAAUAUUAAUUUUAUCACUUUUGAUAGUAUCCCGAACUAUGUAUGUUUAGAAUGAUACUUUGAAUAAGAUUAUCAUUUGAUUAUGAUA